AGACGGUCUGCCGGUCAAACCGGCACUGCGUGAUGGUAAACGCCACACGCCGAACACUGCAAAAAGAACAUCGACGCUAUCGUCCAGCUAGACGAUCUAUUGGCUCAUGGUAGAUGAGCACAACGUUCACGUCAUGGCCGUGACACGGGAACAUUCUAUCGUCCAGAAUAACAAAAUGCUCCAGCAGCGCCGCCCAGUCUCUGCUUUCCAGCUCCCAUACCGACCUCAGUCGCACCAGUCCUCCGCAAGACUUCGCUCCCGCCCACAGUCAUGGUGAACAACGCGCUCAACACCAACGACGGCGACGUCAACAAUGGCGUUGCUCAAAUCGCCAUCACCACCCAUGGCUCCGACUUCUACUUUGCUGUCUGUGCCGUCAUGACAGUAUCGACCUUUGCCUUUCUCGCUCUCGGCCAAAUGAAGCCACGCGCCGAACGCAUCUUCUACUACAUCACCGCAAGCGUGACAAUGGUGGCUGCCAUUGCCUACUUCACCAUGGGAUCUCACUUGGGUUUCACGCCCAUUGACGUGGAAUACCAACGCAGCAAUUCUCGCGUGGCAGGAGUCAACCGAGAAAUUUACUACGCACGAUACAUUGACUGGGUCAUCACCACACCCCUUCUCCUGAUCGAUCUGAUGUUGACUGCGGCCAUGCCGUGGCCAAGCAUUCUCUUCGUUAUUCUCGUCGACGAGGUCAUGAUUAUCACUGGUCUGAUCGGAGCUCUGGUCGCCUCGAGUUACAAAUGGGGAUACUUCGUCUUUGGCUGCGUCGCGCUCGUCUACAUUGUUUACGUCCUGGUCUGGGAGGCACGCAAGCACGCCAACGGUGUCAGCUCUGACGCCGGCAAGACCUUUUUGUACUGCGGAUCUCUCACCGCGUUCCUCUGGAUCCUCUACCCGGUCGCCUGGGGAGUGUCAGAGGGUGGUAACAUCAUCGCACCCGACUCCGAGGCUGUCUUUUACGGUAUCCUGGAUCUGCUCGCCAAGCCCUUGUUCGGUGCUCUCCUCAUCUGGGGUCACCGCAACAUUUCCCCAGCGCAGCUCGGCCUCACCAUCCACGACUACGGUGGAGAAGACCCAGUCAUCCACGAGAAGAACACGGGCAUCUCCCACGGCCACACCGGACACCCCGGUGACAACCCCGCCAACGUCGGCGUCAUGAACGGCACCCAUGGCACCACCACCGCCAACGGCAACACCACAUACGCUACCAACACCGUCUAAAUCAACAGCUGUCUCUUGCUGUAUGUAGUCCCCGUGUCCGCCUACUGUAGGCAAUUACGGGGCGCUACGGGCUUGUGGCGAUCUCUCGUCUUGGGGGGGCUCGUAUAAAAUCACUUGGCGCGUGAAUGGACAUGUUGCGUGUUGUUCGAUAUACCCACCUCGCUUGUCUCGAGGACGAAUGAUGCCACGAAUGUGAUGAUGAUUAUCAAUUGUUAUUGUACGAAAGAGUUUGCUGUGUACCGUAGGUCAGCUUUUAGUAUAAUUCGCUUAAUCUCUCCCUCUCUGACUCUCUC